UAAAACCCUUAACCGUUGUGUGGUAACGUUAGCCUUGUGUGGGACUUGCUGUUUGAGCGCCGCUCGCGGUUUCACGUGACUUGUUUGUGUUUUCAAAAGUCACUCAGCGACGUCUUUCCUAGUAAAUUAGCCGUGCAUGAUGUCCCUCGUUCCGUCCGUCAUCACAUUAUUCAGUUUCACAAAGCGAGUCGGAGGGGCAGGCGUCCUGACAAAUCCUGACAAGCCCCGCCCCUCCACAAGUUUUUUUUUUUUUUUUUUUCUUCUUCUUACUAUUUGGGGAUUCCUUUGAAAUAAGUUUUACCCCCAGCAUUAACUUGCGUCACCUUCUGCAGAAAUGUAGUUAUUUUUAUUCUUUACAGAUACAAAUGACACCAUUUUUUCCGUUCGACUUGUGAGCAAACGUUUUAGAUAUGAGCGCUGUGUGUUGGCAAUGAGUGCAACACUACUCACCUCACAACAAUUUUCCCAAAAAAAGGCUUCAAGCUGUUAACUGCCACUCCCAUGAGGUUUACUCUCAAACUAUCCCAAAAACAAACAAAAAAACACGUUAUUUAAAACAACGUAAUGGUGCCUUCCGCGAGCUUAAUGCUAACACAAUGGAAAAUGUCAUAGGCAUGCUAAUGAAUCGCAUCAACAGUCACAGUGUUAUAACGUAAUGCAACAAGGCUUAGUUUGGACAGUUGAGGGUGAGAGGCAUAGGCAUUCUAGACAAUUUGGUGGGGGGGUCCUGAAACACCCCAAAAAUAAAUCCCAGCACACCUUAAAAUUGAGAGAUUGAAACAAAUAUAUAUAUAUUUUUUUGGUCAUCUUUAAACAACCUAGAAACGCUCCGGCCGCCAUCGCAACAAAAAUGGUUUGUUCCACUCCAAAAACACGAGGCAAAAUAUUUGCACAUACCUCGGGUCAAUUUUUUUCAAAAAUGUGCAUGAAUGAGUGCUUUGGCAAUGUAUAAAUGGGCACCUUGUCUUUGGCAAUGUUCAGUGUAAUUGACUGACUGCGAUGGCCAUCGACGGGGUUCAUUUUUUGUCGUACGCAAAACAAUGUGAAAAUGAUACCCGCUAAUACUUCAGCCCGCAAACUUUUUUCGACUGAACCUGUUUCUGCCAACAAAGUGCUGCUACACUCUACAGUUAUUCAUUAUGAACAUGUUUUCAAAAAUCUACACAAAAUAAAUGUUCAUUUUGAGUUGUUGCCAAAGUCGUGCUUUGUGUACAUUAUGCCAUCAGAUGGCGCUCUAGCUGCACAUUUCUAUCUUAUUUAAUUCCUUCAACCCAGCAAUAAUGGAUCAAAUGUGUUCUUUGAUGUGUGCUCACACUACACUGGGAAAAAAGAAAGAAAGAGGGAAAAUUGACUUUAUGGCCAUCGUAGUUGUGUUUACUUGGUUAAGAACAACAAAAUUAUGAUAAUGCUGGACCCACUUUAUUUUUUUAUUUAUUUUUUAUUAAGUCUGGUUGGGAAACCCGGCCACAAAUGAGGGGGGGGGGAAAAAGGAGCAAAUUGCAAAAACAGACAAUAACAACAUACAAAAAACAUCUAUUGGAACCUAGUUGGAGAACCUGGGGAAUAAGCCGAAAAGAAGACAGAACAGAAAGCCGCUGAACACAACUCCACUUUAUAUAUAGAGCCCUUUAAGAAAAAAACCUGGGGAACUGAUAGAGAGAAAAGGAGAUUGUAGAGAUCAAGGGCGGGUGGAGGCAGUGGUGUCACUAGACCUAUUUUACGGGGGCUGAACCCCCCCCCCCCCCCCCUAAACCCCCCCCCCCCCAAAAAAAAAAUAUGUAUUUGGUUAUAUGUGGUUAGGCCCCCUAAAAGCUGUGUUAAGCCCCCUAAACGAUUUUGUACUUCCACAAAAAUAACCUCCACCCCCGUCGAGAAAAUGUACCGGCCACACAAUACCGUUUUUUCACGGGUGGAAAAAGUCGAGCAUCAAGUGGGUGGUUGAUGUGGACGGUGGCGGGUGAAUGGCGGGGUUAAGGGCUGGCGUGGUGACCGGCUGGUGCCAGGUGGAGUGUGCGCGACGGGCACCGAGUGCGAAACCCAAAGCGUCUCACACCCUCUCGGCCAAAUUGCAACGGUGUCAAAUCAAAACAAACAGGAAAACGUCACAAUUACAAACAAAAAAGCCGAGGAAAAACAAUGAGCUCAAGUCUCAUCAUGCUGAUGGUCUGAACUACAAGUUUUGAUUGAUUUUCUGACAGGUCAAACUGUCAGUUGAACUCCCCAUUGUACCACUUUUGAGGUUGUCAACUCCUUAUGUAGCCAGAGUCUGCAUGCUUGUAUUAUGAGGACAUAUAAGGAAAUGAUUUAUCAUGUGAGAGAUUAAUGAGUAUUGUUGCUAUGUAAACUGGCCCCGGAAGAGGUUGGAUUGAUUGUGGAAAAGGGCACCGCUUCCCACCCGGAGAUUUUAGGCUCGCUCAGGAUAUUAAUAAGCCACCAGGGGGUGUUUAAAGGCAGGAGGGAUAGCGAGGAAACACAUUACAGCUCAUGCUUUAUUCACUGACUACGCGCAAAGGCCCUCUUGAAAUUGUUUCACGACCCCAAGAAGUCUUUGAAAAUUCAGUCCCUCAAGCCUCUUUCACUUAGCUACAUAACAUUUGAUAGACACGUCGAUCUUGAGGAGACCCACCGAAAAGUCUCGAGGGCCCAUGCUUGGAAAAACACAGGGAGCCUGGCAUUUUGUGUUGAAGCUGCCACUUUAUGGUGGUUUUGGUUAUUUCCUGGUCCUUCAAAGAAAAAGCCGUCUUCACCUUUUGAAUUUUUUAAAAAUUCAGACCCCAAAGUCUGUUAGACUGAGCAACGUGGAAUUUGGUAGACAUGUCCAUCAUGAAUAGAACCACAAAAAAGUCUGAAGAAGCAGUGGCCAAAAAGGUACAGGAAGCCUGCCAUUUUGGUUUGAAGCUGCCAUUUUGGUUGUUUCCAGUGAUCCUUCAAAGAAAAACUCAUCUUCACCUUUUGAAUUUUUAAAAAUUCAGCCCCCAAAGUCUGUUCGACUGAGCUACAUGGAAUUUGGUAGACAUGUCUACCAUGAAUAGAACCACAAAAAAAUACCCCCCCAAAAAGUCUGCCAUUUAAAAUGGCAGAACAUAAAGGAAACAUAAAGGAAUACGUUCACUUUAUGAUGUGGAUCUGGUAAAAUGUGUUUUGAAAUGGCUUAGAAAUCAAAUUUGGUGCUUUCACAGCAGGAAGCACUUUUGUUUAUCCUAAGUGAAUAAAUAAGUUGGCUCCUCCAAACUGCCGACAGCGCAGUAUUGUCGGCCCGUGCCAAAGUGCCCAAUGAUCAGACUCGGAUACUUUGUCCUUCAAGAGGCAAUCUCUCGAGCUUUAUAUUAACUUUCACUUCCUUGUUUUGCAACACUUCGCAGCGAACCCACAUGAUUGUGUUCCCUGACACCACCCAAAGGAACAAUAUCGUUAUUUGUGCACGUUACUACAUCUCAAAGUAACUUCAACAUUUUCCCACUGAUCCACACAACAUUUUGUUUAAAGAAAAUAAAGAUAAAACCUAUUUUUAAAUGAUGAAAUUAUAAUUAAUUUAAAAAACUGUAAGUCACACUCUAGUAUUUUGUCUUUAUUUUCUAUUUGAUACAUAUCAUAUUUUCAUUUUUUCCCCUAAUAAUAUUCUUGUAAAAUUCUGAGUUAUAUUUUUGUAUUUUCCCACUAUGAUGUUAAUAUUUUUGGACUAUUGUCUAAUCAUAUUUCUGUUGUGUUUUGAAUAAGUUACAAUAAAAGUGAACUCAGCCCCAAGUGUUGUUAUAGCUAGGCUUCCUUUAAGUCCAGGUGAAGAGCUACCCUUUUUUCCCCCUUCUCAUACUUAUGAUUCAGCAUUUUAGAGCAUUUCCAUUUAUUUCAAUAAUCUUUCUUGCAUUGUAUGUUUUAGUCAUUUUAAUAGGCUGUUUUGUUGUUGUUGCUGUUGUUUUUUAAAAAUAUCUCUUUGGUCUUUAUCAUGAUUAUUGUAUUGUAUGUAAUCAUUGUAAGUUACGUGGGCUACGUGUAUUGUAUUACCCUGUUGUCUUGUGUGUUUGACUCUUUGACGUUUUUUGUUGGUACAUCCCGAGCCGUGUCGUCGUAGUGGUACAGCCCACUUCUCGCGCGGAGGAGGCGAGCAAGCUUCCAUCCACAGUUAGGUCCGCACGAGGACGACGCGGUCGGGUCCAAUCCAGUCCACGGAGCCAUGGAGCCGCUGUACGGACUUUUAACAACACUCCUCGUCGUUUACGGACUCGCCGCAGACGUGAGCAGUAACCUGGUGGUGGUGCUCCCUGAGAAAGUGAACGCAGUGCAGGGCAAGAAGAUCACGCUGAGCUGUAGGAUUGAGGCAGUACCUGACCUCAAACUCAUCCAGUGCUCCUGGGAGCGCCAACUCCCUUCGGGCAAGGAGAUCAUGGCGGUGUUCCACGCGGAGUACGGGACGUCCAUCCCGGCUGAGUUGGCCAAUCGCGUCUCAUUCGUUACCGCCUCGGCCCAAGAUGUCAGCAUCACCCUGGACGUCGUGAACCUUGCAGAUAUCGGCUCAUACACCUGCAAAGUUUCCACUUUCCCGCUGGGAAAUGCCCAAGCGUCCACGUAUGUCAAUGUAUUAGUGGAGCCCAAGGUGUUCGUGUCGGCCGGGCCCGCCGCCCUGCUGGAAGGCGAGAGCGAGACUCUGGUGGCCACUUGCAUCGCAGAGCGCGGCCGCCCUGCCGCCGAAGUCUCCUGGGAGACGGAGCUGCGCGGCCGCGAGGAGACGCAGAGUCACGACGAGCCCGACGGCACGGCUAGCGUGCACGUACGCUACAUGUGGGAGCCGCGCAGCUCCGCCCAGGGCAAGACGCUCACCUGCGUGGUGCGCCACCCCGCACUGCAGACCGAUUUCCGCAUACCCUACACGCUCAAUAUUCAGUUUGCACCGAUGGUCUUCAUAAAGGGGGUGGAGAAAAACUGGUAUGCCGGACAAACCGAUGUGACGAUCAUUUGUGACGCGCAGGCCAACCCCCCCGUCCGGGAGUAUACAUGGGUCAGGUUGGAUGGACAAAUGCCGGAGAACGUUAAUAUUGUUACCAACAGGUUGGCUUUCACGCGCCCGUUGGAGCUCAACGACUCGGGCGUGUACCGCUGCGAAGCCACCAAUGACGUUGGCGUGCGCAGCCACGACUUGUCCCUCUGGGUGCAAGAACCCCCCUCCACCACGGCCGCCCCCGUCCCCACCACCUCCGACGGGCCGCCCCACGUCCCCGCCACGGCGCGCUCCCCGUUCACCUCGCCCACGCUGGCCCCCGUGCGGGACGCCACGCUGGGCGCGGCGGUGGGCGGCGCGGUGGGCGGCGGCGUCCUGCUGAUCCUGGCGCUGGUCGCCGCCGGCUUCUGUUUCAUGCGCAAGCGCCUCACCUUCCGGGGCGACUACUACACCAAGCAGUACCUGGGCCCCUCGGACAUGCAGAAGGAGUCGCAGCUGGACGUCCUGCAGCCGCACGAGCUCCAGGAGGUGUACGGAGACAAGGCCGACAACGGCAGCCAGGAGCUCAAGCCCAAACUCUCCGGGGACGUCAUUUACCCCGACUACACGGGCGGGGAGCGGGGCGGCGACGACUGGGCCGACCGGGAGGGCGACUACUACCCCGACCGCUGCCGCGGCCAGAACACGCACCACCCGUGCGGGCCGCCCGUGGUCAACAACGGCUCGCCUUACCUCCCUGAGGACUGCUACAACACCUGCGCCGACGGUGACUACGUGUCGCACACGGACGGCUCGGUCAUCUCGCGGCGGGAGUGGUACGUCUGAGCAAACGGGGAAACCGCUUUAGCGUCUGGAAGAGGCCGGGACGCCUCCGCCGUGAUGUGAUUGGCCAACGUUUGGCCUGUUGAAAGCAUCGAGGAUCAGAAACGCUCUCAAAGGGAACGUCAGGAAAAAAAGGGGAACGAGGGUUUCCUUCCGCUUCUACACACUACUGAGACGUGUUUAACUGUCGCACAAAUGUCAAAGCCUGACCUCGCGGAGGAGACCCCCGUGGUUAGCUUGUCCCACUCACCCAGCCUCCACCCCCAACACCACCCACGCCCUCCAUUUUAUGCGGCCCGCAAAUGUUCCUGUUCAAAACCGCACAUGAAAAUGCAGGGGCGAUUAUGUACAGUAGGGAUGGGCGAGUACCGUUCCGAGGUAACGGGUACUCGGGAAGGCUGCUGAUGCCAGCCACCGAUACUUAAAGGAAAAUGAAGCUGACGUUCUGUCCUCCUCACCAGUAGUUGGCGCUCCACUGCGGCGGUUCGACACAUCGGCGAAUAAGCAUUUGUGUCAAAGAAAGAAACGUCUUUGUUCUCAGUUAUGUGUCCCGUAUACGAUUUAGUUUCAAUUUUAUGUAACAAAAGUACCAGCGGUAUCGGUAAUUGGUAACGGUGUGCACUUAAAAGUGAAUAUCGGUCUAAAAAAGGUGUGAUUGAACAUCCCUAAUGUACAGUAAUCCUCCAGCUUUCUGAAGGGUUCCACAAGCACUGUCCCAAUGGGAAAUUGGUGUCAAGGAAGUACGUUAAAUUGACACAAGCUCGGAAAAGUCUGAAAAAUAUCCACUCUGAAAAAUCUACGCAACGGCGGCAACCAAGUACUUAUACUCUGUUGCCACCAUUCCCGCGAGGUGGCUCCCGCGAUGAAAACGACAGCGCCUUCUCCCGUUUCACACGCCAGUGGAUUUUUUUUUUUCAUGGAUUUUUGUUGUUGUUGUUGACCGCAGCACGUCCGCCUACUGGUUAGCGCGUCUGCCUGAAAGUUCUGUGGUUCCGUGUUUGAAUCUGGGCUCCGGCCUUUCUGUAUGCAGUUUGCAUGUUUUUUUUUUUUUUUCUCCCACAUCUCAAAAACAUUCAGCUUGGUUGAAGACUAGGCCGCCUGUGCGCACGCGGGUGGGAACUGAUCAUGUGGCCUGCAAUUGGCUGCAGACCAGUCCAGUGUUACCCCACUUCUCUCACCAAAAGUCAGCCGGGAUAGGGCAAGCGCUGCAGAAACUCGAAGGAAGUUUGUUUCAUCAAUUUUCGGCGUCGCAAAUGUCUGUUGUGGUUCUCGAAGCGCCGUAGCGGCCGCGUCGACCGUCCGGGGGGAACAAAAAAAAAAAAAAACAGGAAAAAGUUUGCCUUGAGGCGGACGACGGCAACAUCUUAGCGGAAACAUUGUUAGCCGCUGACAUCACCGGCCAUCGCACAAAAGCUCGGCUGCGCCCGCUCAUCACGGAAAAAAAGCGCAAGAAAUGUGAUCUGCCGAGAGCGAGGGGAAGAAAAGUCCAAAAAGAUGGAGACGUUCUCUCUCGUGCGUGCAGUCCACACAAACGCGACGACGUCAUCACUUGGAGCGCACACCAACUUGCACUUUUCCACCAACAUCAAAGACGACUUGUUUAACAUCAAAGACGACUUUUUUUCUGACAACAAUCAAAAAUACAGUGGUGCCUUGACGUUUGAAAGAAUUCAACUCUAAUCCUAAAAGUAGUUUACGCUUUCCAUGAGCCUUAUGCUAACAAUGUAAAAUGCCACAGAUGAGCUAACAAAUAGCAUUGAUAGUUGCGGUGUUACAAUGCUGUACACCAGUGUUCCCCAUCCUCCUUUGCACCGCGGACCGGUUAGCAGUCGGCAUUUUUCUUCACGGACCGGCUGUGGUGCCGUGCGCGCAUACACACACAUCUCUCUCUCUCUCUCUCUCUCUCUCCCCCCUCUCUCUCUCUCUCCCUCUCUCUCUCUCUCCCCCCCCCCCCCCCCUUUUACCA